AUAAGAAAUAGACAAUAGCUGGCCGUUUGCCAGUUCGUAUAAAAUGCCAGCACGGUCUUAGAAAUUAGAAUAAACUUAACAGUGUCCUGUGUUGUCAUCGUUAAAUGUUUAUAGUAUUAACUGUUUGCUUAUAUUCCAAUGUCUGUGUUCAUUGAUCAUGACAGAAAUUACGGCCUACAAGAAUAUAGUAUUCGUCCAGGACCUGGAAGUCAGUCACAACUUACCAUAUCGUACUAAAUUAUAGUCAUCAGUAGUCGACACCAUCGGCGUUUUCAAAUGGCAAAAUGAAAAGAACAUACUGUGGUGAGGCUAAUAACCCGGAACCCGACGGUUCUAUGUUGGAUUUGCAUUUCCAGUCUGACGAAUGUGAAAACGAACCGUCUAAGGAACACAAAACCAUGGCCGACAGUACAACUGCAAUAGUCAAAAAUGAAAGUGCAUUACAAUUCCAAGAAAUUAUUGAACCGUGUGAUAAUGUCAUCGCACAACGGCAUGUGACAGACUAUAGCGAAGAACCAGAAUCACACAUCAAAGAUGCUAUGCAAAAUGACACUGGAAAAACAACUGAAACACAUGAAAAAGAAACUAUUAAUAUGGACAUACCAAGCGAAAAGAAGGGAGAAAUGUUGUUGGAAGCUAUAAGUAGUGAUGACGAUAUUGCAAUGGAUAGCGAAGAAGAUGGUGCUUUGGCUAGUGAUGAUGGGGAAAAUUGUAGUCAAUACGCUGAUGAUAUAGUUCCAAAUUUUGACCCAUCCCUGUUCCAAGUCCCUCCUCUGCGAAUUAUCCAAGAUCCAUCAUUAUCAUUAUUUGAAUAUAUACAUAGAAAACUAGGCGAUGGUUCUAAAUGUAGCGAAGUAUCUGAACUCAUGGAUUCUUUGGAGUAUUUACAAUCAAAAAUUAUGGAUAUCAAUGAAAAAUGGAUUAUUACUGCUGAACGAACUGUUAUUAUUUUGCCUAAAACGUUAAGUCACAUUUUGAAUAUUCCUGAAUAUUGUCAUAAGUUAUUUUCUUUGGUGAAUGUAACACUCGAUUUCGAGUCUGCUUCAAAGGAACAUGUUUCGAUGUCAACAUUAAUUCUUCGUCGUUUGAAAAUUGGCCUUCAAUUGAUCGAAGCACUCUGCCAUUACAAUGAAGAUUUAUCUGAGCAUCUAAUUAAGCACCAUCAAAUUCACAAUAAAUUAAUUAAUCUAUUUUUUGUCGAACAUAUGUGUUUGUCCCUGAAGCUUAACAUAUUGCGUGCGUUAGAUUCUAGUCUCAAUGGCUUAGAACCUAUAAGACUUUUUUUAUGCAAUGAAGUUUUUGAUAACCUCAACGGAAAUGAAACCUUACUCAAAAUACUGUCAAUACACCAAAGGCCUCGGGUAUGUUUUUUAAUAACAAGUAUUUUAAGGAAAAUUCAUUUUUAUGAAUUGCUACAAAAGAUGAAUACAGAUAUAAAAACUUUGGAUUCAAACCAAGAAUUGUUAUUGCAAGAAUGUUUAGCAGAAAUAACUACUACAUAUAUUAAAGCUCCGAUUUUAAUGGGUUGUCCUAAAAGGUUUUUACAAGCUCACGCACAGUUCGAACUUACUCCAGCAUUAACUCAUUUUGAUGUGUAUCCAACUAUUUAUAGAUUGUUUGAUGAUUUAUCACUGAUUAACUGUCUAACAAAACUACUAGACAAAUCAAAUGACAAGGAUUAUCUAAAGGAAAAUAUACUUAAACUUUUGAAAAGUUUAAUGAACUGUGACCAUGGACUCAGAUAUUUGGGCUGCAGGCAUAAAGAGUUAAAUGGGUUGAUCAAUGUUCUAGAUAAAGUUAAUACUCUGUUCAAAUCAACACUUAUUUACCAAAUAAAAGUCUUAACUCUUGUAGAUUAUUUAAGCUAUUUUUGGGAAUGCAAUUUAAUGCACAAUUUCAAAUUAGAUCAAAUGGAAUCUGUUGAUUUUCUGCAUGAUAUGUUUUUGCUAACUCAAUCUAAAAUUGGAAAAUGUGCUGUUGUGAAUGUCUUAACUAUGGGAGACAACUUAGAUGUAAUAUUAAACUUUUUAAAAUAUAUAGAACAAUCUAAAUCAAAAAAUGACGAUUUACAUAUUAUGUAUUCAUUUGAUUUAAUGAAGAUUAUUUUGGAAAAUGCAGAAGAUGUUAGCUACUUAAAGAAGUAUGGCACAUUGAUAUAUGAGCUAUCAUGCAAACACAAUUGUUUUAAUGAUUUAAUUGAUUGGACCUUUCCAUCAACAAGACACUCUGCCUUUUUCCAUGAUGAUGUCAGUGAACUGUGUACCAUUGUAAAAAAUAACAAAGAUAACUGCUUAAACUUCAAUAAAACAUUGAUAACUAGUUUAAGAAUUUUAAGAUACUUAGGAUUGCCUAAUGAUGAAACGGCAUUUAAAGGAGUGGAAGACUUUAUUGAACUAAAAUAUAAAUAUAUUACUUUACAAAUGUAUUCCUAUGAUAUGCUAGGAACCUUGUUGACCAUUGUUGAUCAAAUAUGUGAAGAUUAUAAGCAGCCAUCAGUGAAUAUUUGGAAAUUAACUGGUAACAGAGCUAAGAAUAUAAUAUCCAUCAUUCGACCAUCAAUGAUGUUGAUAAGAUGUAUGAUCACAUUAUUAAUACAAACCCGGAGAGAUGCAUUCAAAGACUUAUCUCCUAUCAAAACAUUAUUGAAACUAUAUAAUUUAAUGCACAAUGUUCCUGAAUGUUCUAUAAUUCGUGAAGAUGCCACCAAAGUUUCUAAAGAUAUCCAUAAAACGCUUGAAGCUUAUGUAGAAAUUAAAAUUGGAUCUUCGAUGGCAAAUGAAGUAAUUGUAUGGACAUUAUCUUGUCCAUCUGUUUUCUUCCCUGGGUUAUUACUUUUAGGUCAGUUAUUACCUUUGCCGUUACCAAUUCAAACUAUGAAACCUUUAGAACAAUCAGUUAUUACAACCAUGAUAUCUUUUCGUAACAUUUGGAUAGAUCAUUUGGCUAUAAUAAACAGCAAUUUGAUUGAACUUAUUACUGUUUUGAGUUCAAGUAGUUUAUUAUUACAACCUUUGAAAUGUUUAUGUAUUAAUAUUGCUGAUUUGAGCAUAUCCACGUGCUUGUUAGUUACUCAGACACUACUAGAUGCACUGGUAAGUGCUGAUAACAAUAAUUGUUUCAACCAAUGUUUAAAUUUACUAACACAAUUAUGUGACAAUAAAAAAUCUGCAACAAUCAAGACUGUAUUGCUACAAAUAUUAAAUGAUGAAAAAUUACAUGAAAAUUAUAAAAAAAUUAUUUACAAAAUAUGUGAAAAUAUUAAAGUAAACGAUCAAGGAAAUUCUAUUUUGUUCGUUCAAUGUUUAUGUGAUGCUGAUAUCAUACUAUGUGGAACUGGUAGUCAUUCAGAAGAGAACUUACCUAGAGAUAGUGUUCCUAACAAAUGGUUCUAUACCAAUAUUUUAAAUGCCCUUUUGAGCUCAUUUGAAUCUCCUUCUAAGUUAUCUACAUUGUUUGUAACUAUUAAAACAUGUAUAGUGAUUAUAAAAAACGAUUUUGGAUUUUAUCAAUUCAAAAUGGUUUUAGAUUCAUUUCCUAAACCAUUUUAUACAAUUUUUGAUAAUCUAUUGCAAAACUGGAAUAAAGAAGAUAUUCAUUGUUUGAAUACAUUAAUGUCUACUAUAGAACUUUUAAAUGUGUGUAUUAAAAAUGACAAUAAUUCAAAAAGAAAAUUAUUUAUGAACUCAUCAAUGUUGAGGGAGUACUUGAAUUGGUCAAACUAUGGCAAAGAUCAUCCUUUAUGUUUGCUGAAAGAAAUUAUGCACAAAGAUAAUAACUUAGUUUGUUAUCAACAUUUAGCUCAUCUGUCAGAAUUUUUAAAUAAUGACCAAGAAUCAGUAGAAGAACUUGCCAAGCCACAACUAACUACAGUUGACUUUUUGACACACACAUUUAAAGAUAGACUUUUUUAUGUUGUUAACAACAGUGACAACUAUACAAACCCAGGUACUGAUUUGUGUACUGAUGCUUUUGACAAUUUGGAAGAGUGUAACAUCGAAGAAGUUAUCUCAGAUUUGCCUGAUUUUGAUAUCCAAGUUAAAAUAAAUGAUUUAUUUAGAAUUGAAGAUUGCGUUGUCCAACCAGAACCAAUAGUCCAUAAACAAGAGCCUGUAGCGAUUGAAAAAAAAGAAAACAAUAUAAAUACAUCCGUUAUCACUACUACGCCUAUAAUACGCCAUAAAGUAUUUAGUAGACUCGGUACGAUACAACGAUCUGAUACGUUCCGAAACCGUUCCCCCAACACAUCAAGGCCACCAUCAUUACAUGUCGAUGAUUUUGUUGCAAUGGAAACAAGAAGUGCUCGACAGCCCAGAUACAAGUUGCCUACUCAACCCGUUCAAGAUUUGAAUAUAAGACUCCGUGAGAGACAAAUAGCGUAUGAACGUUCAUAUAGCCUAUUGAGUCCAUAUAAAUCGCAUUUAAGUUUGCAUAAUUGGCAUGCUCAAUUUAAUGCCAUGGCUCAUUUACGUGCAGACUAUCGCCAAACAAUGAGUAGUAGACAUCUAGAAAUUCAUAGGCAUUCAUUAGUUGCAGAGUGGAGACAACUUAGAGCAGAGGCUGAACUUAGGAAAAAUCUAGUGUACUCUAGACGAUAAAUAAUAUUGUGUUUACAGUCUAAAAUAUUAAAUAAUUAAUAACUUGUAUAUUUAUAUUAUAAAAAUAUAUUUCAACCAAUUAAUGUACAAAUAAUUUGU